CUGAUGCAGGAGCUAAUGAGCUCCUGGUCAUCGACAGGGUGUCCCAGGAAAUAACACUACAAGUGAACCAGGGCCAGAUUCCGGCCGCUGCCAUCACCAAACUCAUCUAUGGAGUUGUGGGAAUCAUCCGACUUGUGGCGGGUCCGUAUCUGAUUGUGUUGUACUUGGAUUGUACGCGGCCGGUGUUUCAGGUCCGUAUCUGAUUGUGUUGUACUUGGAUUGUACGUGGCCGGUGUUUCAGGUCCGUAUCUGAUUGUGUUGUACUUGGAUUGUACGUGGCCGGUGUUUCAGGUCCGUAUCUGAUUGUGUUGUACUUGGAUUGUACGUGGCCGGUGUUUCAGGUCCGUAUCUGAUUGUGUUGUACUUGGAUUGUACGUGGCCGGUGUUUCAGGUCCGUAUCUGAUUGUGUUGUACUUGGAUUGUACGUGGCCGGUGUUUCAGGUCCGUAUCUGAUUGUGUUGUACUUGGAUUGUACGUGGCCGGUGUUUCAGGUCCGUAUCUGAUUGUGUUGUACUUGGAUUGUACGUGGCCGGUGUUUCAGGUCCGUAUCUGAUUGUGUUGUACUUGGAUUGUACGUGGCCGGUGUUUCAGGUCCGUAUCUGAUUGUGUUGUACUUGGAUUGUACGUGGCCGGUGUUUCAGGUCCGUAUCUGAUUGUGAUGACAAAGCGGGAGAAGGUGGGUGAGAUCAAUGGACACACGAUAUGGCGGCUGAUCGACACAGAGACUCACUCCUACAAGAGAACCAUGCUGCACCUCACAGAGCAACAGGCCUCCCACAACCGGAGCUACUUGUCCAUGGUGGAGCUGAUCCUGAAGACCGAUGCAUUCUACUUCUCCAACACGUUCGACCUGACACACUCACUCCAGCGCCUCCAGAACACCAGCUCCGACUUCUCAUCACUCGCUCUGCACGAGAGGGCCGACCAAAGGUUUGUGUGGAAUGGUCACAUCCUCAGAGAGUUGGCCCAGCAACCAGAACUGGGGCAAUACUGCCUUCCCAUGGUGCAUGGCUUCCUCAGCAUCAACUCCACCAGCAUCAACAACAAGAGCUUUGACUACAUCGUCAUCUCCCGAAGGUGUAUAUAUCGAGCUGGGACCCGAUUCUACGUCCGUGGAGUAGACACUGAGGGCCAGGUCGCCAACUUCGUAGAAACUGAACAAAUUGUGCAAUGUGAUGGCAUCAGAUGCUCUUUUGUACAGACGCGUGGCUCCAUCCCCCUGUUCUGGAGCCAGAAACCCAACCUGAAGCGGAUGCCCCUGCCAGUCAUCAACAGUGCCACUAAUCAUAUGGAUGGCUUCCAGCGGCACUUUGACGAUCAGAUUUACAACUAUGGGAAACAAGUUCUCAUUAAUCUCGUUAACCAGAAAGGCUAUGAGCUUCAGAUGGAACAAGCUUUCGCCCAGACAGUGGUCAACUCCCAGAACUCUAACAUCAGAUACGAGUCUUUUGACUUCCACAAGGAGUGCAGCAAGAUGCGAUGGGACCGCCUGUCCAUACUCACAGACAAGCUGGCUGAGGAGAGGAGACAGUUUGGGUACUUCAUGCAUGGGAAGGACGGUAGUGUGGUGUCGUCACAACAGGGUGUAUUCAGAACCAACUGCAUGGACUGUUUGGACCGCACCAACGUUGUCCAGAGUCUUCUGGCUAAAGAUAACCUACUUGACCAGCUCCAGAGACUGGGAGUCCUUGCACAGGGAGCACGGGUCCCGGAGAAGUGUCAGUUCGACACAGUCUUCAAGAAUGUGUGGGCCGACAAUGCAGACACUCUCUCCAAGCAGUAUGCCGGAACUGGUGCCUUGAAGACAGACUUCACAAGGACAGGGAGGAGGACCAAGAUGGGGCUGAUGAUGGAUGGCUGGAACUCCCUCAUCAGGUACUUCCGCAACAACUUCCAGGACGGUUUCCGACAGGAUGCCAUUGAUUUGUUCCUGGGCAACUACCAAGUGGAGGAGACAGAGGGCCUGACCACACCCUCCCCCCUCACGGUGGAGCGGGACUGGAAGUUUUAUGCUAUACCUGUGAUAUUUCUGGUUGCUAUGGCGAUGUUUGUGAUCAGCAUCCUGCUGCCAGAUGAACACUUCAGUGAACAAGUGAUGUAUGUCUUUUUCUGGGGAGCUGCCUCCGCGAUUGCCUUGACGGUCAUGUUUGCAUUCGGCAGUGAAUAUGUGGACCAACCCAAACUCACCCAAGUCAAGACUAAGACAGAAUAGCUAUAUGAUCGGGGAAUAUUCAUUGUGUGAUGCAGUCUUUAGGCUUUACAGUGUUGUGACGAUGCUCUACUAGCGGUCACCGGAUGGAUAUCAUGCUGUUGAUUGAACCCACCCUAUGACGUGCGGGCAUGCUUUAUGUAAAACACACUUUGGUAAUUCAAGAUGAGAACAGCGCGGUUUUAGUAAUCUGUUCUCAAAGAAAUUAGUUUCAUUAUCAUUCUUGGCAUUGAACAGUCACACAUUUCAUUUGUUGUCGUUAAUGUCCCUGGCAAAGACAUUUACAAAGUCGGAGUCUUCAGCAGGCCUGAACAAAAGUGUCCGGAUGAAUUCAUUUCCUGGGUCAUGGAACAGGGGUCAUGAAACAAAACAUUUAGACAUUUUCCUUAAUUUUGUACUUUGUGGCAUGGAUUGAGAUUUGAGAAGCGACUGUUAAACAAGUUGAUGCAGGUUUACAAAGCGUAUUCUGUAGUUCCUCUGUGACUGUAGUAGGACUACUGGUUGACAUCUCAUAGUUUCAGUCUCAGUGAACGUACUACAGAUAGUACCUUUACACUCCUACAUUACACCUUGAAAGUAUUGAAUGUGUGUCAAAGUGAAGGACACAACAGGAAUCGGAACCACUGAGUCUAUUGUGCUCUUCCUGUUUGUAGUCCUAUCUGGGGUCAAAUUGACAGAUGUAUUGACAUUUAAACAGUGACAUUCCUUUAACACAAUUAAAUUAAUUCUGACACUUGUUGUCUGUAGUAGCCAUGUUCUCCCUCAGUGUGGAGGAUCUGUACCAACACACUGGAACAGCAGGUCGCUCUGACCUCCGCUGCACACAACAGACAGCAGGAACUGUAGGUCACUCCGACCUCCGCUGCACACAACAGACAGCAGGAACUGUAGGUCACUCUGACCUCCGCUGCACACAACAGACAGCAGGAACUGUAGGUCACUCCGACCUCCACGCAGAUGACAGUAGAAUACAAAGCCUCUCUAUAGUUACUGACUUGUUGGUAUGAGUAUAUUUCCUGUAUAUCUAUCUGUAUCAGAGGCUAGCUAGUUACUGCAGGGUACAUCUACCUGUAUUGGAGGCUAGCUAGUAACUGCAGGGUACAUCUACCUGUAUUGGAGGUUAGCUAGUUACUGCAGGAUACAUCUACCUGUAUUGGAGGCUAGCUAGUUACUGCAGGGUACAUCUACCUGUAUCAGAGGCUAGCUAGUUACUGCAGGGUACAUCUACCUGUAUUGGAGGCUAGCUAGUUACUGCAGGGUACAUCUACCUGUAUUGGAGGCUAGCUAGUUACUGCAGGAUACAUCUACCUGUAUUGGAGGCUAGCUAGUUACUGCAGGGUACAUCUACCUGUAUCAGAGGCUAGCUAGUUACUGCAGGGUACAUCUACCUGUAUUGGAGGCUAGCUAGGUACUGCAGGGUACAUCUACCUGUAUUGGAGGCUAGCUAGUUACUGCAGGGUAAAUCUACCUGUAUUGGAGGCUAGCUAGUUACUGCAGGGUACAUCUACCUGUAUUGGAGGCUAGCUAGUUACUGCAGGGUACAUCUACCUGUAUUGGAGGCUAGCUAGGUACUGCAGGGUACAUCUACCUGUAUUGGAGGCUAGCUAGUUACUGCAGGGUACAUCUACCUGUAUUGGAGGCUAGCUAGGUACUGCAGGGUACAUCUACCUGUAUUGGAGGCUAGCUAGGUACUGCAGGGUACAUCUACCUGUAUUGGAGGCUAGCUAGGUGCUGCAGGGUACAUCUACCUGUAUUGGAAGCUAGCUAGUUACUGCAGGGUACAUCUACCUGUAUUGGAGGCUAGCUAGUAAGUGCAGGGUACAUCUACCUGUAUUGGAGGCUAGCUAGUUACUGCAGGGUACAUCUACCUGUAUUGGAGGCUAGCUAGUUACUGCAGGGUACAUCUACCUGUAUUGGAGGCUAGCUAGUUACUGCAGGGUACAUCUACCUGUAUUGGAUGCUAGCUAAUUACUGCAGGGUACAUCUACCUGUAUUGGAGGCUAGCUAGUUUCUGCAGGGUACAUCUACCUGUAUUGGAGGCUAGCUAGGUGCUGUAGGGUACAUCUACCUGUAUUGGAGGCUAGCUAGUUACUGCAGGGUACAUCUACCUGUAUUGGAUGCUAGCUAGUUACUGCAGGGUACAUCUACCUGUAUUGGAUGCUAGCUAGUUACUGCAGGGUACAUCUACCUGUAUUGGAGGCUAGCUAGUUACUGCAGGGUACAUCUUCCUGUAUUGGAUGCUAGCUAGUAAGUGCAGGGUACAUCUACCUGUAUUGGAGGCUAGCUAGUUACUGCAGGGUACAUCUUCCUGUACUGGAGGCUAGCUAGGUGCUGUAGGGUGGUGGACUACCUGUAAUGGAGGCUAGCUAGCUACUGCAGGGUACUACUACCUGUAUUGGAGGCUAGCUAGUUACUGCAGGGUACAUCUACCUGUAUUGGAGGCUAGCUAGGUGCUGUAAGGUACAUCUACCUGUACUGGAGGCUAGCUAGUUACUGCAGGAUACAUCUACCUGUAUUGGAGGCUAGCUAGUUACUGCAGGGUACAUCUACCUGUAUCAGAGGCUAGCUAGUUACUGCAGGGUACAUCUACCUGUAUUGGAGGCUAGCUAGGUACUGCAGGGUACAUCUACCUGUAUUGGAGGCUAGCUAGUUACUGCAGGGUACAUCUACCUGUAUUGGAUGCUAGCUAGUUACUGCAGGGUACAUCUACCUGUAUUGGAUGCUAGCUAGUUACUGCAGGGUACAUCUACCUGUAUUGGAGGCUAGCUAGUUACUGCAGGGUACAUCUUCCUGUAUUGGAUGCUAGCUAGUAAGUGCAGGGUACAUCUACCUGUAUUGGAGGCUAGCUAGUUACUGCAGGGUACAUCUUCCUGUACUGGAGGCUAGCUAGGUGCUGUAGGGUGGUGGACUACCUGUAAUGGAGGCUAGCUAGGUACUGCAGGGUACUACUACCUGUAUUGGAGGCUAGCUAGUUACUGCAGGGUACAUCUACCUGUAUUGGAGGCUAGCUAGGUGCUGUAAGGUACAUCUACCUGUACUGGAGGCUAGCUAGGUGCUGUAGGGUGGUGGACUACCUGAUCCUCGUCUGUGUCCAGGGCUUACAUCUGCAUCAAGUCACAGUGGACAGACACAUGUAUAUAUAUAUAUUUAUUAUGUCUUGGGCUCAGGAUUUUAUCUUAACCUUGACUGAGAUAUGGUUUAAUUUAUCUGUAUUAUUUAGCACAUGCAGCUAGCAUGACUGAUCAACUAGAUGGUUAAUAAGGCUAAAUUGGUGAUGGUAUAGUCAGUAGUUUGUACUGAGUGGAAAGACCUGCAUAGUUCAGGGACUGGGGGAGGUGGUCAGAAGAGCCUCAUAAUUUUGAUGAAGAUUUUCCAAGACAAUGUUGCAUCAGUUGGUAACAAUGGCUGCAGCUGAAGAUGACUCCUGCCUUAUAUAGUCUUUUUUGACUCAUCAUAACAAUUUAUACUUAAUUACUGUGUUAUGUUAUGAAAACGGAUUAAAAGUUUGCAAGAAUUUAUGCCCGAGUCUUGUCCCCAGUUCAGCAAUUGUUGAAUAACGUGGAUCUCCUAGUCAGAGGUGUAGUGACUGUGGGUGUCAGGAGUCUCCAUCCAUCCAUACACCCACCCAUGUAUUGGUUUAUGUUUAAUUCUGUAUCCAUUUAGAAAACCUAUGUCUACCUAUUUGCAGUAACACAGCCGGAAAUCUUCUAGACUGUUGAGUUGCAGGAACACAAAACAUAGUAUAUCAGGUUGUCUUGCAAGUAUAUCAUGUUGACCAUAAACUGUUGAUAGCGUGACCUUCACGGGUUGACCUUGUGUCGGCCAGGCUACGUGGAACAUAUAGCCUUUUACGCACAAACUGGACAAUGUGGAAUGUUGCUGGGUGUACCGUGACAUCCCGUGUGUAAGUAGGUUGAAGUGUUCAGGCGACAGUUCAGCACAAUCAAGUUGACUGUAAAUAUAUUGUAGGAGCUUGUACAAAGUGUAAAUGCCUUCAUUAUGUCAUAUUUUCACCCAAUAAACACAAUGAAUAUAUCAUA